AUGUGGAUGGGCGCGUUCCUUGCCCGGUUCCCAUUCUCAUGGUUCAACUGGACCACGCGCUCACAAGGAAAGUUAAAAGAACUUGCUCAGCACCUGAUCCCAACUGAUCACGGGGGAACUUUGGUCAUCACAACUGAGGAUUCACCUCAGUUCAACUGUAUUCUUAUUUUAAUCGCUUGGACUCGGAUUUACUAUCAAUGGCAAGUCGGGAUAUUAGUCUCCAAGCAACUGGCGACGCUGGUUUAUUUCACAAACUGUUCUUGGAGCGGAGGUAUCUACGAGCCCCAGAACGUUUAUGGACUGGUCAACAAAAAUUGGGUACUUAUUAAAUACAGCCCGCACGGUGACCUUGACUUCUUCAUUGGACCUUGA